AGACAGGCUCUUUGAUAUUGCUAGCCAGUCCCCCCCUCUGCUCUCUCUUCCUUCCCACUGUGCUAUCCUAGAAGCAAGGACCCCAGCAACAAUGCCUCUGUUGAAACUUACAGCUGAAGAAAAACAAAUCGAUGAAGCAAUGCGUAGCUUUGCGGAAAAAGUGUUUGCCUCCGAAGUCAAAGACGAGGGGGGCCGUCAAGAGCUCUCCCCCUUUGAUGUGGAUGAGAUCUGCCCGAUUUCCCACCUGGAGAUGCAGGCGCACAUAUUUCACCUGGAGUCUCUGUCCGCCGCCACCUCAGGCAAGAGAAAAAAGCGUUUCUUCGGACGGAAGACUGUUAAUCUGUCCCUUCCAGAGAGUGCAACGUCCUCCACCAAAAUGUCCCACAUCGACGAAUGCAUCGCUUCCUCUCCGACCUACGAGACCGUGCCCGACUUCCAGAGAGUGCAGAUCACCGGGGACUACGCCUCGGGGGUCACAGUUGAAGAUUUUGAAAUGGUUUGUAGGGGUCUGUACCGGGCACUGAGUAUACGGGAGAAGUACAUGCAGAAGUCCUUUCAGAGGUUCCCCAAAACCCCUUCCAAGUACCUGCGGAACAUCGAGGGUGAGCCUUGGGUAGCCAAUGAGAACUUCUACCCAGUCUUCACUCCUCCCGUGAAGAAGGGAGAAGACCCCUUCCGCACAGACAACCUCCCGGAAAACCUGGGUUAUCACCUUGAAAUGAAGGACGGCAUCGUUUACGUCUACUCUGACGAAGCAGCAGCCAGCAGAGACGAGCCCAAGCCACUGCCCUACCCCCACCUGGAGUCCUUCCUAGACGACAUGAACUUCUUACUUGCUCUGAUUGCCCAAGGGCCUGUUAAGACCUACACCCACCGGCGCCUGAAGUUCCUGUCCUCCAAGUUCCAGGUCCACGAGAUGCUCAACGAGAUGGACGAGCUGAAGGAGCUGAAGAACAACCCGCACCGGGACUUUUAUAACUGCAGGAAGGUGGACACCCACAUCCACGCGGCUGCUUGCAUGAACCAGAAACACCUGCUGCGCUUCAUUAAGAAAUCUUACCAAGUGGACGCUGACCGAGUGGUCUACAGCACCAAGGAGAAAAAGCUGACCCUAAAGGAACUUUUUGCUACAUUAAAAAUGCAUCCCUAUGACCUGACUGUUGAUUCCCUGGAUGUCCAUGCUGGACGCCAGACCUUCCAGCGGUUUGAUAAGUUCAAUGACAAGUACAAUCCUGUAGGAGCAAGUGAGCUGCGGGACCUCUACCUGAAGACAGACAAUUACAUCGAUGGGGAAUAUUUUGCCACUAUCAUCAAGGAGGUGGGUAUGGACCUCGUGGAGGCCAAGUACCAGCACGCCGAGCCCCGCCUGUCCAUCUACGGCCGCAGUCCCGACGAGUGGAGCAAACUCUCCUCCUGGUUCGUCCGCAACCGCAUCCACUGCCCCAACAUGACGUGGAUGAUCCAGGUCCCCAGGAUCUAUGACGUGUUUCGAGCUAAGAAUUUCCUUCCGCACUUUGGCAAGAUGCUGGAGAAUAUUUUCAUGCCUAUGUUUGAGGCCACCGUCAACCCCCAGGCUCACCCAGACAUCAGCAUCUUCCUCAAGCACAUCACUGGCUUCGACAGUGUGGAUGAUGAGUCCAAACACAGCGGCCACAUGUUUUCCUCCAAGAGCCCCAAGCCCCAGGAGUGGUCGGUGGGAAGUAAUCCAUCUUACACGUACUACGCCUACUACAUGUAUGCAAACAUCACAGUGCUCAACAGCCUGAGAAAGGAGCGAGGCAUGAACACGUUCCUGUUCCGACCUCACUGCGGGGAAGCCGGAGCGCUCACCCAUCUCCUGACGGCAUUCAUGACUGCAGACAAUAUUUCUCACGGCCUGAAUUUAAAAAAGAGCCCCGUGUUACAGUACCUGUAUUUCUUAGCCCAGAUUCCCAUCGCUAUGUCGCCAUUAAGCAACAACAGCUUAUUUCUAGAAUACGCUAAAAACCCUUUUCUAGAUUUCCUCCAGAAAGGGCUGAUGAUCUCACUGUCUACAGACGACCCAAUGCAAUUCCACUUCACCAAGGAGCCCCUAAUGGAAGAAUACGCCAUCGCUGCACAAGUCUUCAAGCUGAGUACCUGCGACAUGUGUGAAGUGGCGAGGAACAGUGUCCUGCAAUGUGGGAUUUCUCACGAGGAGAAAGCGAAGUUUCUGGGCAACAACUACCUUGAGGAAGGCCCCGUUGGAAAUGAUAUCCGGAGGACAAAUGUGGCCCAAAUCCGCAUGGCCUAUCGCUAUGAAACCUGGUGUUAUGAACUCAAUUUAAUCGCUGAAGGCCUUAAAUCAGGAGACUAAAAUAAAUACACCGAAUAAUAAUAUGGGUGA